AGGAGCGGAUGGAGCCUUCCGCGUGAAUCUGAACAGAAGUGCGUGUGCGUGUGUGCGUGUGUGUGUGUUUAUACUUGAGUGGGUGUGUGCAUCAGAGGUGUUUAGUUCACGCCCUUGGAAUACAUGAAUAACAGCAGAAUUUGGAUAUUUACAUGACUCAGCAAUGCCCUGUGUUCAAACACAGCAUGCAUCCCUGGCCCAGGACACCCACUUCAGCCCUGACUUGCUAAACCCUGACCUCAGUGCCACACUGGUGAUGGACAUCAGUGGGCAGAAGGAGCAGCUGUCGACAUCGUUGUUACCCAGCAUCAAUACCUUGGUGGGAAGUGGCUACAUUGGGGAGUUUGAUGCUUAUUCCUGCAAGAUUACCACCUUGCCUUCCACAUCUCCAGUUUCAUUCAGCCACGCCUCAGUAGCUGAGAGUUCAGACUGCCACAUGCAGAACCAAGCGUACAAACUGGAUGACCUCCAAGUAUAUGGCUGCUAUCCAGGCUCAUUUACACUUAGUUGCCUCGAUGAGACGCUGUCAUCAGGCGGCUCUGACUACUAUGGCAGUCCGGGGUACACCGCCACUGCCGCUUCCCCUUCUACGACAGGCUUUCAGACACUGUGUGCACCUGCAUGGGAGUCCACGUUCAGCCCCUACAGUUCGGUCCCCUCAGCUGAUAAGCAGUCCUCCUUUUUCACCUUCAGCCCCACACCGGAGCAGCACUCUCCACCAGUGGUGCCUCAACAGGAUGGUCAAGACGAGACAUUCUUCCUGUCGCCUCAGCAGCAGGUUGAUUCACGCCAUUGCCCCGCCAUGGCCAUGGAGCACGGCGGCAGGCUUGUGGAGGCAUCGCCCAAAAUUCACAACCCAGGUUUGAGCGAAGGCCGCUGUGCCGUGUGUGGAGACAAUGCAUCAUGCCAGCACUACGGAGUCCGGACAUGUGAAGGCUGCAAAGGUUUCUUUAAGCGAACUGUGCAGAAAAAUGCCAAGUAUGUUUGCCUUGCCAAUAAAGACUGUCCAGUGGACAAGAGGAGGAGGAACCGCUGCCAGUUCUGCCGUUUCCAGAAAUGUCUAACAGUGGGAAUGGUCAAAGAAGUUGUUCGACGAGACAGCCUGAAAGGUCGUCGGGGUCGCCUGCCAUCCAAACCAAAGACGGUGGCGGAGGCUACGUCCUCCACCCCCAAUGUUAACAUCAUAACGUCUUUGGUACGAGCGCAUUUAGACUCAAACCCAACCAUUGGGAAGCUCGACUACUCCAAGUACCAGGAGACAGUGGACAAUGUGUCAGACAAGGAGGACGCUGGUGACAUCCAGCAGUUCUAUGACCUGCUGAGCGGCUCAUUGGAGGUGAUAAAAACCUGGGCUGAAACCAUUCCAGGGUUCUCAGACUUCUGCACAGAGGACCAACAGCUGCUUCUUGAGUCUGCCUUUGUUGAGCUGUUCAUCCUACGUCUGGCAUACAGGUCAAACCCAGAGAAAAACAAGCUGAUCUUCUGUAAUGGCGUGGUCCUCCACCAACUGCAGUGCGUUCCAAGUUUUGGGGACUGGAUCGACUCCAUUAUGGAUUUCUCUCAGAGCCUCCACCGCAUGAACUUAGACGUGUCCCUGUUUGCAUGCCUUUCAGCGCUCGUCAUCAUCACUGAUCGCCACGGCCUCAAAGAGCCUAGACGGGUUGAAGAUUUCCAGAGCAAUCUCAUAUCUUCUUUAAGGGAACAUGUGAGUGGAAACAGAUCGGAAACUAGCAGAACCCAGCCCAACUAUCUCUCUCGGCUUCUGGGCAAGCUCCCGGAGCUGAGGACUCUUUGCACUCAGGGCCUGCAGCGCAUCUUCUACCUAAAACUGGAGAACCUUGUCCCUCCUCCACCAAUUGUGGAUAAAAUCUUCAUGGAUAUCUUACCAUUUUGAGUCCAAGUGAACACAAAGGAGAAGGAAAGCAAAUUAUGUGAGAUUUUUUUUUUGUUUUUGCUGGUGUUAAAUGACACUUGAAGAAGAUAUUUGGCACCUCAUAAUGGAUAACCUAUCUAUAGCAGCUAACUUUAAACAUGCAUGCAGAACCUUUAACGAUAGGCACCCUAUGGAACAAUUAGAGGUGUAACAUAGCACUCCAAAGAAACCGCUGAAGAACCGCCAGUGUGUGCAUUGUUUUUGAGUGACAUGUCUUCUUGUUACAUUAUGUGAAAGAGCUGAAAUAUGGUACUGAAAUGUUAUUAAUACUUCAUAUGAUUUGUGCGUGCAAUUGUAAAACAACUUCAUUGCUGUGUUAAAUGUGUGAAUGUUGCCAUGCAGUGUUAAAUCAAACACACCAAUCUCUUAAACAGCAUGUCGCUUAUUCAUGUUCUCAUAGUUUAAAAGAGCAUUAUGUUCAUGUGUUUCAAAAGGGAAACUUAGUGAUUGUUGUGAAAGGGCCAAAGUUUACACCUAUUUUGAUGAAAGCCUUUUGGCCUUAAGCUAAACAAAAUGUUCUGACAUUUACCCUUGUGUUGGUGAUGCUGGCUGGCUUCCAGCUGACACAAUGUCUGCGCUUUGGAACAACACAAACACAUUUGAUAGAUCAGAAUCGAAUUUGAAAAAAAAGUGCCUUUGCAAAAACUCCCUCUAAGCUCAAGUGGCUCAAAGUCAGUUUUAUUCCUAAUAUCGCAAACAAGACAAUGCCACGAUUGUCGUUAUUUCAGCCUGCACAAGCUUUUGAUUGCCUGAAGCAAGCAUACCUGAUAUGUGACCAUUGCGCAGAUGAAGAGUGAGAGUAUCAAAUAAUGAGAAGUGAUUUGCAGGCCGUUUCAGAUGUUACCCUGUGCCUUCAAAAACAUCUUUCACUGUCUCUGUAAUGAAGUCUUUUCAUAACUGCAUGUCAGAUUUCAAAUUCCUGGCAAAACAUGACACGGCUAAAAAAUGAAAGUGUGUUGAAUAAUGUCUUUCUUCUGAUACUGUAUGUGCUUCUUUCAUUUUAUGGUCUUUUUGUUGAAGGUUGAAGUAAAUCACAUCAAUACACACAACAGCUGUCUUCUGAUACAGUAGACUUCUUUCUCCAUCAGUGGCGUCCAGUUUGGGACAAACAGGGCUUUUCACACCUAAAAGUACAAUAUUGACUGGAAGAAUAUUUGAAAAUAAAUUCUUAAGAUGUAUUACCCACUGCUUUUAUUUCAUGAGAUUAUGAACUAUUAAAAAAGUGUAAAAUUCCUGUCAGUACAAUCUAUAGCAUACUUGGGCAACCUACAUAAUCCGGUCAACCAAACGUUUCUAAAUUACUUUUUUAACAUUAAAGCUGUAGCGGGCAAUAGGAUUU